UGACAGUUGACAUAAAAACAUGUGAUGUUUCGAAGAUGUAAUCUUAUUUCGUUAAAUAAGUUUUAAUUUUAAAUUAAACAUUGGUUGGAUCCUGCUAAAAACGUAAUUAAAGUAUUUUAAUUUAAAUCUAAAUGUAUUAAAAAUCAAAUAUGAAGGGAAAAGUGUUCAUUGGGUUGGUGCUAAUAUUCUGCGUACUGGUGACGUGGCUCUUUGGACAUUUUUACCAUGAAUUAUUGGUGGCAUAUGAACAAAACGGGACUCUUGCACAAUCUGAAUAUUCAUGGGUUUUCCGAUUGCUACUGAACUGUUUGGGUUAUUCCACAAUAGUGCUGCCUGCUUUUAUCCUAUACAAGUAUUUGGAGAGGACCAAUUACUUUGAUAAAAUAUCAAACACAACAUGGCUAUCGCGUAUCCUACACGCUUGCUUCGCGGAGCAAAACGAGCGGCUGCCAGAGUCGGUUAAGCUGAAGGAGGAAGGUCAGCAUGAGACCCUCGAGCUGGUGUUCUGCUUCUCGGGGCUGAUGGCCGCCUACCUGGUGUGGGGGCUGCUGCAGGAGAAGAUCAUGACACAGGACUACACACUGCGCGACGGGCGCGUGGUGCGGUUCGCGGACUCGCAGUUCCUGGUGUUCAUCAACCGCGCGUCGGCGUGCGCGCUGGCGCUGGCGCGGCUGCGCUGCGCGGGCGCGCCGCUCUUCGCCGCGCCGCUCUACAAGUUCGGCUACUGCUCGCUCUCCAACAUCCUCAGCGCCUGGUGCCAGUAUGAGGCGCUCAAGUACGUCAGCUUCCCCACGCAGGUACUGUCCAAGUCGUGCAAGGUGAUCCCGGUGAUGCUGAUGGGCAAGCUGAUCUCGCGCAACACGUACGAGCUGUACGAGUACGCGUCGGCGCUGCUCAUCUCCGUCGGCAUGGUCAUGUUCAUGUACGGGAGCCAUGAUGAUUACGCUGCGUCGACAGCGACGUCGGUGUCGGGCGUGUGCCUGCUGGCGCUGUACAUGUCGUGCGACAGCUUCACGUCGUCGUGGCAGGGCGCCCUGUUCGCGCGCUACUCGCUGCGCCCGCUGCAGAUGAUGGGCGCCGUCACGCUCUGCUCCUGCGCGCUCUCCGCCGCCGCGCUGCUGCGCGCCCCCCGCGGGCCCCUGCUGGCGCUGCUGCAGCACCCGAUAUUCGUGUCCGACUGCGUGCUGCUGUCGGCCAGCUCGGCGCUGGGGCAGGUGCUCAUCUACCGCACCAUCGCGCGCUUCGGCGCUGUCGUCUUCACCAUCAUCAUGACGCUCAGACAGGCGGUGUCGAUCCUGGUGUCGUGCGCGGUGUACGGGCACGCGGUGUCGGCGGGCGGCGCGCUGGGCGUGCUGCUCGUGUUCGCCGCCGUGUUCCUGCGCCUGCACUGCCGCCGCCGCCACAAGCGCGCGCCGCAGCCCGCCUAGCGCGCCGCCCCGCCGCCCCCGCC